CCGCUUCCAACCGUCCGUUCGCAGGAAAAGGGGGGGAGAAAGAGGCGCGCCGCCAAAAUGAUGGAGGAGAUAGACAGGUUCCAAGUGCCGAGUGCGGUGCAGGAGGCGGAGAUGCAGGCAGAGAUGCAGCCGCUGGACCCGGCCUCCUCCACGGCCUCCGAGGCGGACUCCGACGCCAGAGAGGGGGAACCCGUCACCAUCAAUUACAAGCCCUCGCCCCUGCAGAUGAAAAUAGAGAAGCAGAGGGAGCUGGCCAGAAAGGGCUCGUUGAAGAGCGGCACCGCCGUCGGCAGCCCGGUCAACCAGCAGCCCAAGAAGAACAACACGGUCAUGGCCAGAACACGGCUGGUGGUGCCCAAUAAAGGCUACUCCUCAUUAGACCAGAGCCCGGAUGAGAAGCCCUUGGUGGCCUUAGACACAGACAGCGAUGACGACUUCGACAUGUCCAGGUACUCCUCCUCGGGAUACUCCUCUGCCGAGCAAAUCAACCAGGAUUUGAACAUCCAGCUCCUGAAGGACGGCUACCGCCUGGACGAGAUCCCGGACGACGAGGACCUGGACCUGAUCCCGCCCAAAUCAGUCAACCCCACCUGCAUGUGCUGCCAAGCGACCUCCUCCACCACCUGUCAAAUACAGUAACCCGGCUCCAAUGCCCUCCUGACCCCCGCCCCCCCAACCCAAUGAGUUUCACCCACUGAGUUCACUUCGCUGCCAGAGUGACAGCGAAGCAUCGGUAGAAUAUUGUAAUGACAGUAAGUGCUAUGACGACAACUAAUUCAAUUAAUAUAUAGAAUCUUUGGUUUGAAGCCUACAAGGAAAAUGUAAAAGUAUUCUAUAUGUAUCAGUGCAUGGUGGUUUCCUCCUAUGGCAGGACAUGCACCUACGUUACAGAGCCCUCGUGAAUAUAAUGCAACAUAACGCCUGUAUGUGAGUACAGCCUAGCAGAGGGCAGAUGGAGGCUGUGAAGGCAGUUCAUAUCAUGGUACCUGUUGGCUCAAGUGUUCGGUUCUGCUUUGCCCGAGUCCUGGCCUGCGUUUUGUUUGGUUGCAUGAUUUUGGUUUUGAUGCUUUUCACUUUUCAACCGAGGGAUCUGACUGAACUUGGAAAGGCACGAUACCUGGUGGUGUAUUAAUAGUGAUGUAGCACAGACCGGGUCCUGGCUUGGGAUGUUUCACCACAGAAUUAACGGAUGAAUGUACUGUAUGAAUGGCUGAGGAACAAAUAGCAUGAAGAGCAUCACUUAAAGAUGGAACGGAGAAGAAUGAGCACGUAGCUUGUUGCACAUUUGAUUUUAGCCAAAUUUCCACUGUCAUGUCCCACUGUUGUGACACUGGCUUGAAUUCUGUUUUUUGCAGUUGCACAUUUUGUUCUCAGAUUAUUUUUAGCGGCGUUCUCUUUCCUGCAUAGCAGCGACUGUGUCUUAUCUGGAACGGACUGUGUUAAAAGGGAAGAUCAGGCUUGUAAUGUUUUGCUGACAUGAUUCUCUUGCUAUGAGACCCCAUCCGGCCGGGGGGGGGGGGCACACGCGUAUAAGCACAGCACAGCACACGCACACACACACACACACACACACACACACACACACACACACACAAAUGAAGAGUGGGAUGGCGUCUGAUGCUUGACUGACGGCUGGGAGUAGUUUUUAUUAAUUGCAACUAUGAGCGUUAACUUGGAGCAUUAACAUCCUUCGUUUACAAGCCUCUUCGCCAACCGAUUAUUUGCAGUUAGCGUUUGCCUUAAGUACAGAGAAGUUUUACACGCGUGUGUAUUUAUUGCCAUCUUCAUCCUAUAUUAUGAGCAUUUGCUGUCUGUGAAGUUGCUUUAUUCACAUCUAGACACAGGUGGUAAAUGUUUAACUUUCAUUUUCCUUUUUUUUAUAUUGCAAUCACCAUUACAGUAUUUAACAAUGUUCUUGUUAUGUGCAGUGUAUAAAAACAACAAAUAAACACAAAGCUAAUGUA